AUGGAGGAAAAGUCAGGCUUGGGGGCAAAGUGGGAUGGGGAAAGAUCUUUCCAAACUCUCUUCCUCACUGAGUUAGUUGGUCUCUCCCUUUACAGGAAAGUGAAAGAUGCCCCACGUGAGAAGGAAAGGUUUUUGGAAGUUUAUCCUCAGGUGAAACAGGAGCUUGAGGAGAGCAUCAGGAAGCUCCACGCCCUUGCAGACAAGAUUGACAAGGUGCACAGGGACUGCACCAUCACACAAGUGGUGGCCAGCUCCACCAGUGCUGUGUCUGGGGUCCUGACGAUUCUUGGUCUCACUCUAGCGCCUGUGACAGCAGGAGUCAGUCUGGGACUUUCAGCCACAGGCAUGGGACUUGGGGCAGCAGCGGCUGUGACAAGUGUUUCCACAACCAUUGUGGAAAAAGUAAGCACAGCAUCGGUGGAAGCUGAAGCCAGCCAGCUUCUGCCAAGGAGCAACGACACCGAGAAUGACAUUAAAAGCAACAACACUGAAAAGGACAUUAAAGAAAUUGUGGAGAAGAGCACCCCCAGGCUUAUUUCUGUAUUUAAGAAAUCAUCCCGGGACCUAGAAGUUAUGAAGAAGAACAUUGAUGCCAUCAAGAUCACCAAAGUCAGCCCUCGCCUGGCAAAUAAUGCCAAGCGUCUUAUGACCACAGGGAAGGUGUCAGCCAAAAGCACUACACAGGUGAAGAAAGUCUUUGGAGGCACUGCUCUGGCAAUGACCAAAGGAGCCCGGAUCAUGGGUGUGGCCACUGCAGGUCUCUCUCUUGUGACAGAUGUGUUCAGCCUCAUAGAAGACUCAAAGCAUUUGCAUGAGGGUGCAAAGGCAGAGUCUGCUGCAAAGCUGCGGCAACAGGCUAAGGACAUGGAGCAGAAGUUGCAGGAGCUCAUCCGAGUUCAUGACAUCCUGACUCAGUGACCUCUUCCUCAGUGCAGCUCAGAGGACUGGGGAUGGGGUGUGUUGGACAGAGCCAUGGACACUUGAUGGCUCCUGAAUGUAUCCUCUUUAUAUCAAUGCCAUAACAGUGAUAGUGCCUGUUAGAGGAGAGGCCACAUUAAGGGAAAGGAAGCCUGAACAGAGGUGGGACAGGCUUAUGAUCUCCCACUACACUUCACUGCUCUUUUAGAUCCAAAAACCCUUAGCAUCCCACAUAAGGACCAAGGUCCCAAGCUGGGGAGCACACCCAAGGCCUGACUAAGCCACAGCAUGGCUGCUCCCCAGUCACACCCCCCACACUACUCUUAACAGAGGCUCACCAUCCUCAAUCCACCGAGCUGCCAGCUUUCCCACUGCUUUCUGAUAGAGACUUCUCCUCCUUCCUAGUUCUGCUAAAUUCUGUGUUUUUCCAAUUAUUUCCCAAUCUUACAAUCAGACUCUGUGCAUGAACCCCAUUUCUUUCUUCGUGGUAUGGUCAUGAGAAGUGAUAUGAGUUUUUGGUGGAAUGCUCAGAGGGUAGACAGGAAGGGGUGCUGGGGACGUCAUCUGCAUGGUCAUCACAGGUGCUUGGUCCUAUGUUCCAGCUGUGGGCUCCACAGGAUGGAGGGGUGACAGGAUGUGGCUGGUGAGUUCUGCUCUCUGCAAGCAGACUCUUGGGAGAGUCACAAGGCUUAAUUCCUACUGAAGUUUAAAAUUUGCUGUAUUUGGAUGAGAUCUGCUGAGAUGCACACGAAAGCUACACUUGCUCCAUAAUAUUUGAAGAAUUAAUUUGUAAACACUGUAAACAAUGACCUGGUCAUGCUUUGUGUUUUGUGAAAAUGAUAUCAUGUGCUUUCUAGAUUGUUGACUACAGAAAGUUGGUAAUUUUCUCCAGAUUUCUAUCAUCUCCUCCUUUAAAAACUGUUUCUUUAUUAUGGAUUAACAAAAAUAUUUGAAAUUUA